AUGCAGGCGGCCGGAGCCGUCUGGGUACGUUUGUCAGCGGUAAGAUUACGGUUUAUACAUAUGCGCCCUUUUUGGUUUUUGCACCGAAAACAAUAUUCAUGGCAUAAUGUUUCAACGAUUUUUUUUUAUUUUUCUUUCAAUUUUACCACCACCAAAAAACGUGUUUUGAAGGAACCCGAAGAUUUUUGUGUUACCAAUCGAUACCACGUUGUAGAAGAAAUGAGUGGUUCUCCUCCACCUCCAUAUUCUGAUGUUCCUCCAGCUCCAAUCAAGGUCCCGCCACCAUCCGAUCCUUCUUUUCCACCGAGUCCACAAUUUGGAUAUGCUGGUGGAGCUCCUCCGCCCCCUCCCAGUGCUCCUAAUGCUUCGCCUCCUCAGAUACCUGUUCCUCUAGCUGGUGUAAAUGUAAAUACUGGUGCCUUCGGUCCUUUCCCCGUCGAAAUGGACUGUCGAUAUUGCCAUGUGAGUGGUUUUCUCUAUUUGGAUUUCAUUGUUUGAGGCAUGAGUCACUCGUUUGAUGAUGUGCUUUUCUUCUGGCCUGCGGAAAUCGGCGAUAAAUCUAUGUUGAAUAUGAGGUUGAGAAAGAGGAACUGUUGCAAGCUACUUCGUUUAUAAUUUUUUGAUUUAUGAUUAUCACGAGAAGAUGAUGACUCUUAGACUAUAAUCAAUUUGGGGAGCGGAGUUGUUGGGAGCUUAAAUAGAUUGCAUUCCCGGCCAGCGUUCGUACAAUCCGAGUUGAUUUAAAGUGGUAGUCCAAUCAAAAUUCAUGAUUAAUAUAGGCAUAUGCAUAGAAAGGGGCUUUGAUUCAUUUGGAAAGCGGAGUAUGAUCAAUAAUUCCAUUUUAGAACCACAUCGUUACACACACGAGACGUGUUGCCGGGACCCUGCCAUGGAUAAUUAUGGGAAUAUGUUUCGUUCUGGGCUUUUUCCUCAUUAUACCAUGGUGUAUAUGUUGUGUUCCGUUCUGUGUGGACGCGUGUCUCGACGUUCUUCAUACUUGCCCUUCUUGCAAAAGAACUGUCGGCCGUUUUACUCGAUUGUGA